CUCAUACCCUCCCAUCAUCAGCAUCAUCAUCAACAACAACAACACCAUACUAGCUACUGCCAUAAUACAUAAUACUACAUUGAAGGCGGACUCAUCUCACUCAUACUGCUAUCUGGACCUACAUCGCUGUAAGCCCAUGAUAAUUACGAGCAUUCCAAUAGGAUAGGUGAGGAUAUUCGUCAACACCAAGCGAUUCACCUUUCUCGGAAUUUUCCAGCAUGGUCAAGGCAUUACUAUAAAUCCGUCAUGUCAUUAAAGACCCUUUCCGAACUCUUUUCGCUCUCGACUUUGGAUACUCGGUUCAUCAUUCCAGCCACCGUAUCUCCAAAGGAGGCUCUGGAAGAUGCCAACCAUGAACCAGCGAAGCCAGGACAAGUCCAGAGUCAUUCGGCACCCGAGAAGACACCAGAUUUUGCUACGCAGGGACCGCUGUGGAAAACGAGAGAGUUUUACCUGUACUAUCUCGUCAUAGGAAUCAGCGUCCCCUGUAUGUUUAAAUCUGUAAUUGAAGUGUCCCAAGAAUCGCAUCCAAACUAUAACAAGUUCUCUCAUCUGCUUUCUCAAGGUUGGAUUCCCGGUCGCCAGGUGGACAAUUCCGAUGCUCAGUACUCUGGCUUCCGUCAAAAUCUUCCCUUCUUAUUCCUUGUUAUAUUGCUGCAUCCGCUAUUGCGAAAGGCGUAUGACUCGUUCUGGAGAGCAGACACCUAUACGCACGUGCGUUCAUCUGCUGGGCAGUUAACGCAGGGCUUAACCGCUGCAGCUGCGGCCGAAGCACGCCUUGAGCAAAGAAUUUCUUUCGACAUUCCGUUCGCUUCGGUUUUCCUAAUAGCUCUGCACGGUUUAUCUAUAUUCAAAGUCCUGGCGAUCCUUGCCCUGAACUACAAGAUAUGUAAAGCCGUACCCCGCAAGUACAUACCUGUAGCAACAUGGGUUUUCAAUGUUGGCAUUCUCUUUGCAAAUGAGCUGUGCAGCGGCUAUUCAUAUGCCUCUAUACUGUCGUUUAUCCUCCCAACAUCGCGAGUGUCCGAGACAGGCGAGCCUACCUCACAUAUCGGCGAUGUGCUCGAUAGCUACGGGGGUCUCAUUCCUAGAUGGGAGGUUUUGUUCAAUUUCACGGUUUUGCGGCUUAUCAGCUUCAACUUGGAUUACUACUGGAGUUUAGACCCUCGGUCUGCGAGCCCUAUCGAGAAGAAACAACUCGAUCCAUCCAAUCUUUCCGAGCGAGAUCGGGUGUCAAUUCCGGCGAGAGCUGGUGACUUCUGCUUCCGCAAUUACUUUGCAUACGCUAUGUACUCGCCGUUAUACCUUGCCGGUCCUGUCAUCACCUUCAAUGAUUACAUGUCGCAACUUCGUUACCGCCCACACAGCAUAGCGUUCAGGAGGACCAUGCUUUACACCGUACGCUUCAUUGUCUGUCUUCUCACCAUGGAAAUCAUGAUUCACUACAUGUACAUGGUCGCUAUAUUCCAUGCGAAACCAGACUGGAAUCAAUACACACCUGCCCAGCUCAGCAUGCUGGGAUUCUUCAAUCUUAAACAUAUAUGGUUAAAGCUUCUCCUUCCUUGGCGACUCUUUCGUCUUUGGGCAUUGCUGGAUGGCAUCGAUCCCCCGGAGAAUAUGGUGCGCUGCAUGAGUGACAAUUACUCUCUGACGCAAUUUUGGCGAGGAUGGCACCGAAGCUUCAAUAAGUGGAGUCUACGCUAUCUCUAUAUUCCUCUUGGGGGUAGUGCUACCCCUGGGUUUUGGGGGAGAGGCAGAUCUGUUCUUAAUUACCUCACCGUUUUCACCUUCAUAGCCAUAUGGCACGACAUCCAGCUGAGGCUUUUGAUGUGGGGUUGGUUGGUCACCAUCUUUGUGCUACCAGAGCUUAUCGCAGGCGCUGUAUUUCCAGCUCGUAACUGGAAGGAACGGCCGACGACCUACCGUUGGCUCUGCGGUGUUGGGGCCGUUGCAGAAGUUCUUAUGCUCAUGGUUGCGAACCUCGUCGGUUUUGCUCUGGGCUUGGAUGGCCUUCGAGACCUGGUCAAAGGCAUCCUUGGGAGUUACUCUGGCAUGGCAUUCCUCUGCACAGCCUGCGGCGCGUUGUUCACAGGAGUUCAAGUUAUGUUCGAGUGGAGAGAACGAGAGAAACGACAAGGUAUCAAGAUGAAGUGUUGAUAUAAUACUGCAUCCGAUUGAAUCAUGGGCUGUAUGGUGACGGUCGGAGCCACAAUGUUGUGAUGUAAAUGAAGGCAAACAUUCUCAUGGAACACUCGUACAUAUAGAGGGAUAAUAAAUGUCGCUAGUUCAAGCAUGUUGCGCAAUUAAACGAAAAUGAUGUUGAAGAAUAU